AUGGAGACUGCUGGAUAUGGAGGGUUAACUCCUACUGAGCCUGCCACCCCAGAAGUCCAGAAGAUAGCUGAUCAGGUGAAGUCACAGCUGGAAGCAAAAACAGACAAGACCUAUACAGUCUUUAAAGCCAUAAUAUAUAGAACCCAGUUGGUUGCUGGGACUAACUACUUCAUCAAGGUUCAAGUUGGUGAGAAUGAUUAUGUGCACUUGCGGGUGUUUCUGAGCCUUCCUAAUGAGAAAAAAGAACCACGUCUUGAUGGAUUUCAGACUAACAAAACCAGAGAUGAUCCACUGAUUUAUUUUUAAAGCAGUAAUAGGAAUGAUUUCUAUUGCUCCCUCUGCAGGCUGCAAACUUACUCUGCCUGUGUA